AUGUCUGAUAAACCAUCAAAGAAAGGGAAGCUUCUCUUCAAAGGAGACAAGGAUCAAAAAAAAAAGAAGAGAAAGCACAGCUCUAUGGACAGUGAGGAACGUACUACAUCUAGUACACUCGAGAAUGGCUGGGUUCGUGCCGAUGCCUUGGAUGAUCUUGUCGGUCCUCUCUUCUUCACUCAUCCAAGCGAUCCGCCCAUUUGCUUUACCGUGGAUGACAAUGAUCGCUUGUUGGCGUACCCUCUGCCUUCACUUGCAGAGACUCCUCAUCCUGAGCCACUAAUUGUUAACCAGGUGUUGGUUGGAUCUCGCCUGCUCGGGACUUCUAAUUCAUUUACAUUCAAGUCAUUCAACAGCAAGUACCUCAGCAGCGACAAAUUUGGAGUGGUAGAAUGUAACAGAGAGGCAAUCGGUGGUACAGAAGAGUGGGAGCCUACAACAACUGAGGCUGGGUUCGCGUUCAAAAAUGCCAUGGGUAAAUUUCUGAUGAUCGAUGAGAUUGCAGGAGGAGGGUUCAAGAUUAGAGCAGAUUCGGAAGAAGUUGGGUUUUGUGAGACAUUCAGAGUGUACUGCCAGGCGCGGUUCAAGAGAAAGAAUAAAUUCGAGAAGAAGGAAAAGACAAACUCGGGAAAAUUGGAAUUGGAUAAUGUUAAGAAGUAUCAAUCAUGGGGCGGUGGAAAGUUGCAUUUGACAGAAGAAGAUUCUCAUCAGUUGAAGCGAGCCAAACAAGACGGUCGUUUUGCAGAGGCUUUAUUGGAUCGUAGAGAAAAGGUCAAGGCGGACCGUUAUUGUAAAUAAACAUACGAAAAAAAAAUGCUUUGGAUCUAGAAGAUACUCUAUAGAGCUAUACGCGCACAACAUUUUAACGGUGUCGUAUUACAGUUUAGUUUUGGGUUUAAUACUGUAGUUUAGUGCAGUGGAGUGGAGUGUAGUUUAUUGUGUAGUGUAUUGUGUGUAUGGUGUUAAUUGACUUUCAGAGGUAAGGUAAAGUGAGGUAAAGUAAAGUAAAAUAAAACGAAAUAAAGGGAAGAAGAAAAAAAGGUAGAAGAUAUCCUUGGCGCAUGGAGGAUACGGUUGUUGAACAGACAUUUACAUUGCGCCCGCAUGUGUCCCCAUAUUCACACUCUGUGCGACUGGGUCGAGUGAGUAAACUAGCUUAUGUAGAUCCAGACGCUGGAAGACUUCCUGAAUAACCAGCUGAGCGUGCAAUUCCAUUGGACGACAUUCCUGACAUUUGCAUAGAAGAGGUAGGUGUUUCGACACUCAUAUUUGGAGCUGGCUUGUCGGAAACUGCAG